UUGAGCGCAUGCGCGGUGCCUUUUCAAUGAGGCUAGCUGUUAGCAGUGCAAAAUACGUGGCAGCAAGCUUUCGACAUGGAGGUAGCUGCUCUUUUUGCCUUAACUUUAUUGCUGGGUGCACUGGUUAUUCUGGUUGCACUAGCGGUGGGCAGACGGAAAGAUGAAAUAAGAGAAGAAACGGAACAAGCAGCAGAGAGUGCAGCUGAAGCCAGUGUUGCUAAGGGCCCGACUUCCAAGAAGCAGAAGCAGGAAAAGCAGCGCAUCCGGAAGGACAAACCGGCACAGCACAGCUUCAGCCAUCCGCUGCUGGCAGCCUCUCUGAAGGGCCACAGUGGGAAGGUGACGUGCAUGGAUUUCAGCAGUAACGGGAAAUACCUGGCCUCCUGCGCCGACGACCGCACCGUCCGGAUCUGGAGCACCAAAGACUUCCUGGAGCGGGAACACAAGUGUCUGCGAGCCAAUGUGGAGCUGGACCACGCCACGCUGGUCCGCUUCAGCCCAGACUCCAGGGCCUUUAUCACCUGGCUGGCCAACGGAGACAGUAUCCGAAUCUUCAAAAUGAUCAAGAAGGAGGAUGGCACGUUUAACUUUAAAGCUGCUCCCGAGGAUUUUCCACAGAGACAUAAAGCCGCUAUACUCAACAUUGGUAUAGCCGAGACAGGAAAGUUCAUCAUGAGUGCAUCCACAGACACCACCAUCCUCAUCUGGGACCUGAAAGGAGAGGUUCUGGCCUCGAUCAACACUAAUCAAAUGACCAAUUCUUACGCCGCGGUCUCCCCGUGUGGAAGGUUUGUGGCAUCCUGUGGCUUCACUCCCGACGUCAAGGUGUGGGAAGUUUGCUUUGGAAAGGGAGGAGAGUUCAAAGAAGUGGCGCGAGCAUUUGACCUGAAGGGCCACUCCGCCGGAGUCCAUUCAUUCGCCUUUUCCAAUGAUUCUCACAGAAUGGUGACCGUCUCAAAAGACGGGACGUGGAAGCUGUGGAACACAGACGUGGAGUACAAGAAGCAGCAGGAUCCCUACCUCCUGAAGACGGUGCCCUGCUCCUCCUCAGAGGGCAGCCGGGUGGCCCUGUCCCCGGACGGCCGCGUGGUGGCCGUCACCGACGGCCGCAGCGUGGCGCUGUUCGACGCGGCCAGCGGGCAGCUGGAGGAGGAGCUGCGCGGCGUCCACAGCGAGGAGGUCAGCGGCCUCAGCUUCGACGUGAACGGCCGAUUCCUGGCCUGCUGCGGGGACAAGGCCAUCCGCGUGUUCCACAACGCGCCGGGCUACCGGGCGGCCAUCAGAGACAUGCAGGACAUGCUGAGGAAGGCCCAGAACGAGGCCAUGAAGCAGAGACUGCAGCAGCAGAUCACAGAGGCUCAGAGCGCCCUGGACGCCGUGCUGGCCGCCCCCGCCGACUGAACGACCCCCCGAGGGUCCACACUGUGAGAGUUACGGCCGGGGGCCGCCUGGCCAGGGACUAAUGAAAUUUGCAUGCCGUUUUAAUAAAGAAUAUCUUUUUAUGGAAAUAUUCAAUUUAUUGUGUCCAUCUCUGUUUAAAAUGUGUUUUGAUUAUUUAUUAUUAACCCCAGUGUUUCUCAACAGGAUAAAUCACUAGGUAGAAAAAGG